AUGCUUUCGCUCGGUCGCGCUGGUCCUUCAAGGUCUCUGAUCCACAUCAGCAGGGCUCUGCAUCCCAAGCAUCUCUCAGCAGCAGCACACACUCCCGCAGGCCACCAUGACCAUCUCGACCGACUCAGACGAUUCAUCGACCCCAGCCCGGAAUUCAUCGACGCCAAACGGGCGAGCCGCCCCGUGAUCGCCUUGGAGUCCACCAUCCUCACUCACGGCUUGCCGGCCUCAAGCGCCCUCAAGCUCGCCGUCGAGCUCGAGGAAAUCGCCAAGGGGCUCGGCGUCGUCCCCGUUCACAUCGCAUUGAUCGCCGGCCGAAUCAAGCUCGGCCUUUCGGCUAACGACCUUCACCAUCUCCUCCACUCUGUCCCCCCAAGCAACCUCCUUAAACUCGGACGAAGAGACUUGCCCUCCGCAAUCACGCAGAAAUUGUCCGGUGGCACGACCGUCUCCGCCACCAUGACCAUCGCACAUCUCGCCGGAAUCAAAGUAUUUGCGACUGGUGGAAUCGGGGGCGUUCAUAGGGGAGCCGUGCAUACUAUGGACGUCUCAUCUGAUCUGACUGAACUUGCCAGGACCCCUGUUGCCGUCGUUUGUUCUGGCGUUAAAUCUAUCCUAGACAUCCCUCUAACCUUGGAAUAUUUAGAAACCUUAGGAGUACCAGUUAUCAGUUUUUCAAAAACGAAGGAAUUCCCCGCGUUUUACUCUCCCAAAUCAGGUUACGAUGCCCCAUUCAAUUCAUCUUCCACACUCGAAUGUGCCCAAACGAUAUAUCAUUCGGACUUACUGAAUCUUAACAGUGGGACACUGGUGGCUGUGCCUAUCCCCAGUCAAUACACCCAAUCUGGAAAUCUCAUCCAAGAAGCUGUCGAGCGUGCAGUCCAAGAAUCCGAGAAGCUGGGCAUCAACACCUUGGGGAAAUCGGUGACGCCUUGGUUGUUGAAUCGGGUCAAAGAGCUUUCUGAUGGAAAAAGCGUCGAUGCUAAUAUUGGGUUGAUCAAAAACAAUGUGCUGGUGGCCUCACAAACCGCCAAGAACUACAACGACCUCAUCCUUGCUUCUCAGCCUACGUCGCCCUCAAAGAUCCCAGAUAGCGCGACCGGACUCGAGAGGGUGGAAGAAGGUAGCGCCGAAUCGGUAAGGGAAGGUUGCAAGAUGAUGGCAAUCGGAGCAGCUGCCAUCGAUAUCACCUCGCGAGUGCCUGGGGGUGAUCAAACAAAUCCUCUCGCCACCCGGUCGACGAGUCCGGGCAGUGUCAAGAUGAGUCUAGGCGGAGUGGCCCUCAACAUCGCCCGUACAAGCCAUAGAUUAGGAGUCAAGGAUGUCAUGCUCGUUUCCCAGUUGGCUACCGAUUGCUCAUUUGCCAACUAUCUUCUCAGCCAUCUUCGCUCCAUCGGUCUCAGGUCUGAUGGGAUUCAUCGUAAUCGUCACGCUUCAACUGGGAUCGUUAAUAUGUUUUUGGACCAUAAUGGCGAUCUUUUGGGCGGCGUUGCCGACUUGAAAUCUAUUGAAGAUUUGGACUAUCAACUCAUUUCUAAUCUGGUCAGGAAUCGGAAACCGAAAGUGGUGUGUUUUGAUGCAAACCUCUCUUCUGAUGGAAUAUUUAGGCUCCUCCAAACUUGUCACGAAGCAGACUCUAUUAUCACUGCCUUUGAGCCAACAUCGGUUUCGAAAUCGACCAGGAUCAUGAAAAGCUUGGUAGGAUUGUACAGAAGCACCGACGGGAGGAAGAAGCUGACGAUGAUGUUCCCCAACCUUCAAGAAUUGAAGGAGAUUCAUGAGACGGGAAUCUUGAAUUCGUGUGUGGAAGAGCUUGAAUCGGUGGAGUAUUUCAAAUCUCUACAAGCGCUACAAGCGGACGAGAGGUUCUUAGAGCGUGUCCGAAAGACCUCGCCCGGGUGGGUGACCCAAUCUGGAACGCUCCAGAUCGCGAUGAAACUCUUGCCCUUUGUCGACUUCCUGGUGAUCAAGAAUGGAGCGGACGGCUUAGUCCUAGUAGCUACGAAUGUCCAAUCAUCAAACCAUCAUCUCUUCCCUUCAGCUCCCAGCCUUCAACAACGUCAAGAACAGCAUACAAGGGCUGGUCAUCAUCCUUGGAUCUUCAACCAAGCACAUACACUCUGUUUCAAAUACUUUCCCGCUCACCGCUCUGUCACCCCUGCGGAGAACCACGACGCGUCUCAACCAAUCGUCCCAGGCAAUCAAGGAAUCGUUAACGUCACCGGCGCGGGCGAUUCUUUAUGUGCAACCAUCUUGAGCGCGGUCGCGCUACACGAACCUACUCAUACUCGUCUUACUUUUGAUUGGGAUGAGGUGAUCGAGUCGGCUCAGAGAAUGGCUGUUCAAACGCUCUGUACUGACCAAUCCGUUGGCAAAUAA